CUUGUCAUGAUGAAAAUGUGGUUACGUACUCAUCAUCAUUCAUCAAUAUUGUCUCUUUGUAGUAUAUAGAAAUGGAAGAAAUGGGCGUUUUCUUUUACUAAUUUUCAUCCAUAUUUCCAAUCAUCCAUAUUUGCAAGUUUACUCUUCACUCCUUAGGGUGCCGUUGACGUAUUGAAGAUGGCAGAUGGCGAGGAUAUUCAGCCAUUGGUUUGCGAUAACGGAACUGGAAUGGUUAAGGCGGGAUUCGCCGGAGAUGAUGCUCCGAGGGCUGUGUUUCCGAGCAUUGUUGGGCGUCCACGUCACACCGGAGUGAUGGUUGGGAUGGGGCAGAAGGAUGCGUACGUGGGGGAUGAAGCACAAUCCAAGCGAGGUAUCUUGACUCUCAAGUAUCCGAUUGAGCACGGAAUUGUAAACAACUGGGAUGACAUGGAGAAGAUCUGGCAUCACACCUUCUACAAUGAGCUGCGUGUGGCGCCGGAGGAGCAUCCGGUUCUGCUCACGGAGGCUCCCCUGAACCCUAAGGCGAACAGAGAGAAGAUGACUCAGAUCAUGUUUGAGACCUUCAAUGCCCCUGCGAUGUAUGUUGCGAUUCAAGCUGUGCUUUCCCUCUAUGCUAGUGGUCGUACAACAGGUAUUGUGUUGGACUCCGGAGAUGGUGUGAGUCACACUGUUCCGAUCUACGAAGGAUACGCUCUCCCGCACGCGAUCCUCCGUUUGGAUUUAGCCGGGCGUGACCUGACCGAUAAUCUGAUGAAGAUCUUGACUGAGCGUGGAUAUUCCUUCACCACCUCCGCAGAGCGGGAAAUUGUGAGGGACGUGAAGGAGAAGCUGUCGUACAUAGCGCUAGACUACGAGCAGGAACUGGAGGCCUCCAAAACCAGCUCUUCAGUGGAGAAGAGCUACGAGUUGCCGGACGGGCAGGUGAUCACGAUCGGCGCUGAGCGUUUCCGCUGCCCGGAAGUCCUGUUCCAGCCGUCCAUGAUCGGGAUGGAAGCUGCUGGCAUCCAUGAGACCACGUACAACUCCAUCAUGAAGUGCGAUGUUGACAUCAGGAAAGACCUCUACGGCAACAUUGUUCUCAGUGGUGGCACCACCAUGUUCACCGGCAUCGCCGACCGAAUGAGCAAGGAAAUCACUGCCUUGGCUCCCAGCAGCAUGAAGAUCAAGGUCGUCGCUCCGCCUGAGAGGAAGUACAGUGUCUGGAUUGGUGGCUCCAUUUUAGCAUCUUUGAGUACUUUCCAGCAGAUGUGGAUUGCUAAGGCAGAAUACGAUGAAUCCGGGCCAUCCAUUGUGCAUAGGAAGUGCUUCUAAUUCAUCAUCAGUUCAUCACCAUCAACUCAAAGGUUUAAGCUCAAAAGAGAGUUGCAGCUUCCUUCCCUAGUCAUCAUUUCGUUUGGAUAUCAAUUUUGUUAGGAUGUAAUAAUGCCCAGGAUCGAAUUAAAGUUGGCGGAUGAAGGCAGAAGAGAGAAGAUCCGGCCACAUUUUUUAAUGUAAUUAAUAGUAUGAUUAUUUCACCUUUUAUACAAUAAAGAAAUUUCUUUUCUAUGUUAUUUAAGACAAA